AAGGUAAUCAGAAAUAACCAAGGAGCACUGUUAUAAUCUGAUUUCAACAACAAUGACUUCAAGUUCGCUACCCCUAUACAGAUGUGGCAUGAGUGAGGGGGUGGAGCAGGCGGCAGGCUAUCAGAUGGGCGGGUUUUGUGGAUUCAGUCCGUACCCCUGCAGAGCGACAUCCGGAAGACGAGAUCUGGUUGCGGACAUGCUACUUCGACCGAGAUGGAAACAGUACGGAUGCUGUACACAAGGCCUUGUUCGCUGCAAGCGACCUACCGCAAGAAGAAGAAUUGCUCUUUGACGAUGUGACACGGUAUAACUACGGGUCAGAUUGGCAGCGUAUUUUCUCCCGGAUCCCCCAGUUCGUGUGUGCCCAUAUUGGCGUCGAGGAGUUCGAAAAUAUUAAAGCCGAAGCAUUGGCAGAGGGAGGAUGAACGAGGAGUAUGAUAAAGCAGAAGUGGAAGAGGGGGGCUACAAUCUAUCAGAAGAUGGGGCACAUUGGUCAGACCUUUACAGCUGGUAUCACGCGGUCAACUCACUUGGUGUAAUAUGGGUCGCAGACCAGGAAGCUUUGGAGACCGGAAAUGUGCUUAUGGCAUGGUUCGACGAGUGCGGACGCACGGUGCGACAGGCUCGCACACCCUCGGGGGAAAUCCAAAACGUAUACGGCCUGGUACUGGGGAAUCGCGAGAAAGAACAUCACCCCUGGCUGGGCGCUGAAAUUGGAGAGAACUAUGACGAGGGUGGUCCUUUUGGGCCCCCAUUUCCCAAUCCCGAAUAGACCUCUAGAGCUUAAACUUCGAGCGCCGUGACUUGCUUUCUUCAUUCAUCUCUCCGAAAGAUGGGUUGGGAGUGAACAACCAUCCCGGUGUCUCUGUAUUGUCCG